ACCAAGGUAACAAAGUGGGAGGGGGCAAUAUCCCCGAGUACGGCGUCUUGCUCUGUGGUACACCUGACCAGAUAUAUAGAGCUAGGGCAGGGCUUCCGUUACGUACAGUCCACGUAGAGUGUUCUCGAGGGUAACGCAUCUUGCUAAUAUUUCUCUCAAGGAAUUAAGAGGAAGAUAAAGAUGAUAUUCGCCCACCGUUACGUUUGCAUGGCUCUGCUGUUGGUCGGUGUUGCUUCGGCAAGAUCGACGGAGACAAAAGCCAACACAAUUGAUGAUCAGAGUGGUAGAUCAUCCAAUGGUAUAUUCGGAGAGUUGCGGUAUGUUUACCAGAUGUACAAGGAUUGCUCGGGUGCUGAGCUGAGCUCAUGCCUCAAGCUGAGACUGUUGACGGCUAUGGAUCGAGUAUCGAGGAGUGCGCAGUUGAAUAUCGCUGAGGGUGUGACUGUUGUCAAGGAUGAGAACAUACAGGAGAAGGAGGAAACACCAAAGACACCGCAGGAGAUUGAGGCGAAUUUACCGAGAUCCCUUGAGGACAAGGAGGACGCCCUCAACACCAUGAUCUUCGACAAAUUCCUCAGGUUCUUCCAGAGUCAUACACUCAAGCUCAAGCUACCAAAUGUCGAGGAGCUGUCCAGGAGUCUCACUGAGGAAGCUCGAGGCAAGAAGAAGAAGGGCAUGGGUGGUCUCAUGGCGAUUCCCCUUCUCAUCGGAGGUACUCUGGUACCUCUCGCCCUGGGUGCACUCGCUCUUCUAGCUGGAAAAGCUCUCAUUGUCUCCAAACUAGCUCUGGUACUCGCCUCGAUCAUUGGACUCAAGAAACUCGUAUCCAGUCACGACCACGGACACGAGGUCGUACAGGUCGGUGGACAUGGGGGCAGUGGGUGGGCGAGGGCUGGUCAGGAGCUCGCCUACUCAGCUUACAAACCUGUUAGCACCUCGUAAACUCCUUGGACUAAAGUCUGGAGCCAAUAAUAUCAAUCAGUCCCUCUCAUUCUUUCACUUAUUUAAAUCCUCUCUCCCACCUGUCUCAUUGAUACCCUCAUUGAUUACCUUUGAUUUUCCAACUUGGAUGGGCCCUCCAAACUCAUCCACAUCGCUGCACUGUGAUUCAAAUAUCUUCAGCUGUUUCUCUCGCGGAUUUAGACUCGAAUUUCUCCUCUUCAUCAUUACUAAUGGCACUGAGCACUGCUCAUCUCCUAUUUAUUACUUCAUCUUCUCCUCUCACUCCCAUCAUCUACAUUUUCUCAUUCUAUUCUCCAUCCUCUUCUCUCGCCUUACCUCAUCAUCUGCACAGAUCGUUAUCAUCCCACAGUAUUUAUUUGUACCACAAAUGUAAUAUUGUAAGUCGCAUCACGUCGACAAAAUUUACGAGAAAAAAGAAAUGUAUAUUUAUAGAAACGAAAUUACUUUGAAUUCAAGAAGAAGGAAAACACGAAAGACAAAAAUGAGACUAAUAAAUGAUAAGAUGAACUUC